AUGUCUCUGGUGAAUACUCUCUAAAUUUAUGAAUUUUGCCGUACAUUUGCUUCUCAAUUGAAUUUACGAACUCGCUAUACGGUAGAACAAUUGCAUUAAAGUUUUGAAUCGAAUGAGAAUUCAUCUUUGGCCUUUCAAUUGGUGAUAGGAUUAAUGGAUAAAUUUUGUUUGGCAUAUUUGGUAUAGGCAUCAACACAAACUAAUUCAGCUUUCUUGAAUGUAAUAGGAUAAAUAAAGAAUCAAUUUAUUCGUCGAUCGAUCUUGGUGAACAUCUGGCCAACAAUUUUCACAUUAAUAACACGCAUUUAUAGGAUUAGGGCAUAUAUAAAGGAUGAAAUAGAAUUAGAAUACUAAUAGUUUAAAGAACAUUUAUAAUAAGAGUAAUUUAAAAAUUGGCUCGCUUUGGAUAAAUAAAAGUUGCUCCUGUUUAUGAUAGAUACAAUCUUUUAUGAAUCAGAAUUUUUGAUUUAGGAGAUUGACCAAAGAUUAAAGAUAUAGGAAAUAUUAUCAAAUAAUGAUUGGAGAAAGGAAUUGGCCAAGAAAGAAGCCGAAUUAAAAAGACUACAAUAAUCAGUUGGUAAAGUGGCUAAAAAGAAAUAAAAAGAAUAGGUUAAGACUCUUCAAUUGAUAGCAGGAUUAGAAGAAGAAAUAAAUCUGUAUACAAAAGCAUCAACAGUUAGUAAUAAAUAAUUGUUUCACACUUAAGCCAUAGAGAAGAUCUCAAACAAUCUUUAUGUCUUUUAAGAGGAGAAACAGUGUAUCUAUUAAGAAAACAGCGAGGAAGAUUGGCAAGUAAUAUAAGGAGCAGAAAUGAUAGAAUUGAUUGGUCAACAAUAGAAGAAAUGUGCUGAAAUGAAAAGUUUAGUGAGUGGAGGUUACUUUAGUUUAGAGGAUUGCAAACUGGAUCCAAUCGCUCUUGAUAAUACUUAUGGGAUUGAAUAAAUUAGCCAAGACUCAAUGGCUGUUGAAUUAUUUUAGAGAUGCGAUAUAAAUACUGUAAGGGAAAUACUGUUGGCAUUGGAAAAGGAUUAUUCAGAAUACGAAUUGAAUUAUUGGAAGAGUUGUUGGACAUCUGCUGAAAAAAGGAAAAUUUGGUAAGAGAAGGUGCUGAAUGCAGAGAUGAUUGAAUUAACUGAGAUUUUGAGUAAGAUACCGCAUCAACUAUCCUGGGUAAACAAGAAACAUGGAUAAACUGAUAGUUAGGCCAAAUAUAAAUCUAGUAGAUUGUAUUGGUUCUAUUAGAAUAAGUUAUAUUCAAUGCCUUAUCAAUAAUUAAGUAAGCAAGAUCCAUCUUUACAUUCGAUGUAUUUGUUGGCAAUAACCUUAUAUGAUAAAUUAAAGAGUUAUAUUCAUAGAAAAAUGAGAACCAUGGACAUUACUUAAAUCUAAUAGUAGCAGUAGCAAUCAGAUCUAGAAUCAACUUUAGACGAUGACUUUUAACUAAAAUGA